AUUUAGGGCUUUUAGGAUAGAGUUUUUAAAUGCCCCUCUUUCAUCUUUCUUUGUUCUCAAGAGUCGAGCCUAUCUUUUUAGUUAUCUUCACCUGUAUCUUCUCCUCUUCCCAUUCUCUGAAAAUAAAAAAAAAGCUGAAAACUAGAGAAAAAUUAUUAUGUUUCAAAACCAGAUAAUUGCAAGGUCAUCAUCCUUCAGAGGUUCUCUUAAAGCCCUUGAAGCUGAUAUCCACCAUGCCAACAACCUGGCUGAUUCUAUUCAGAGAGCUUAUGGGGGUGCUUGCCUUCAGAUGAGAUUAACUUAUAGCUCUUUGGCACCUUUCUUCUACUUUCUUAUUCAGUGGCUGGACUGCACUUGUAGCUAUAAUCUCCCCAGUUAUUUGGGGCUUCUUCAAGUACAAAUUUGCAAGGUAUAUGCUGAUGGAAGUGCAAGGAUAUCUACCUAUGAGAGGAGUGCCAGCCUGAGGGAAUUCUAUGCUGUUAUAUAUCCCUCUCUUCAACAACUUGAGAGUAACUUAGUAGAGAAAGAAGAUUGGAAAGAGGGACGUCGAUUCAAAGAGAUUAUAAGUAAGAAGAGGGUUGAAGACUGGAGGAAGCUCUCUGAUAAAGACUUAGAGAGGGAAGAUGAAUGUGGCAUUUGUAUGGAGAUUUGUACAAAAAUGGUUCUACCUCAUUGCAGUCAUGCCAUGUGUAUAAAUUGCUACCAUGAUUGGAAUACGCGGUCACAAUCCUGCCCCUUUUGCAGGGGCAGCUUAAAAAGAGUCCGAUCAAGAGACUUGUGGGUGCUCACUGGCACUGGUGAUGUGGUUGAUAAUGUGACAUUGGAGAAGGAGAACUUGCGACGGUUCUAUGGGUUUAUAGAUAAGUUGCCUCUCACGGUUCCGGACUCUCUUUUCUUUGUCUACUAUGAGUAUUUAGUAUGAUCUAUAUAAAUAUAAGAAAUGAUGUACAGAUUGCCGCCGACCUUCUCUUGUAGAUAAGAGUCUGGGAUAGUGUCCGGAUAGAAAAUCAAAUUUCUAUGGUUUCACA